GAGAGCUCACAGCCCACGCUAUAUCGGUGGAUUGGUCGCAGUCGCUCGACAACAUGGCAGGAAGCCGGGCAAGCCCGAUCCUUGCCGUGAUCGGAGGGGCCGCCUUGGCCGGCUAUGCCGCCUACCGAGCAUUGUCUACAGAGAGAGGCGCAAUCGUGGUGCCGCUGCAGCGAAUUGGCCGCCGCUGCCGCUCCACCAGAACCGUCACCGGCGCCGCGCAAGGCGCGCCACAGAGCUGUGUCACCGUGCCCCCGGGCGCCUACCCGGCUGUGCGGCGGGACGAGAGCGUGGUGGAGGACUUGCACGGCCAGCUUAUCGCAGACCCAUACCGCUGGCUGGAGGACCCAGACUCGCCUGAGACGCAGGCAUUCGUCGAGGCGCAGAACAAGCUCACCGCAGGCGUGCUGGAGCAGUGCGAGGCGCGUGGCGCCUUCAAGGACCUGUUCACCGACCUGUUCAACUACGAGAAGUACGGGACGCCCUACAGGAGAGGGGAGCGCUACUACUACUCCCACAACUCGGGCCUGCAGAACCAGUAUGUGAUCUACACACAGUCCAGCGUGGAUGGCGAGCCACGCGUGCUUCUGGACCCCAACACGCUCUCGGAUGACGGCACCGUGGCGCUUGGCGGCCAGGCAUUCAGUGAGGAUGGCUCGCUCUACGCGUACAUGCUCAGCUCCGGCGGCAGCGACUGGAAGACCAUCCAUGUAAAGCGUGUUGACCAGGAGACGGGCGAGUCGCAAGACCUGGAGAAUGAGAAGCUGGACCACGUCAAGUUCUCAGGCAUCACCUGGACGCACGAUCACAAGGGCUUCUUUUAUGCGCGGUUUGAGGAGCCCAAGACCGCCAACAAGGGCACAGAGACUGACAUCAACCUGGGCCAGCAGCUCAUGUACCACGUGUUGGGGACGCCCCAGUCUGAGGAUGUGACCAUUCUGGCCGACCCGGAGCACCCAACCUGGAUGUUCGGCACUGAGAUCACGCACGAUGGCAGGUACCUGCUGCUCACGGUCAGCAACGGCUGCGAGCCCGUCAACAAGCUUUGGUAUGUGGAUCUGGAGUCGAUGCCGCGGUCGGCGAGCGGGGCCCUGGACUUCCGCCCCCACGACUUCCAUGCCGGCAAGGAGCCGCUGCCUGUGGUGAAGCUCAUCGACGACUUCAAGGCGCAGUGGGACUAUCUAGGGAGCGACGGCACCUCCAUCACGCUGCACACCAACUUCGAUGCGCCUCGGUAUCGGGUGGUGCGCGGCGACAUGGCGGCUGCCGGCAGCUUUGCGGCCUCCUGCUCCGACCUGCUGCCGCAGCACGACAAGGACCUGCUGCAGUGGUGUAGCCUGGUCAAGGGUGGCACGCUGGUGGCCUGCUUCCUGCGGGAUGUGGUGUCGGUGCUGCAGCUGCACCGCUGGGCCAGCGGCGCGCUGAUCAAGCCCCUGGCCAUGCCCGGCAUUGGCAGCGUGUCCGGCUUCAGCGGCAACCACAAGCACACGGAGUGCUUCUUCUCCUUCACAUCGUUCACCGAGCCGGGUGCCAUCUAUCGCGUGGACCUGGCGGAUGGGGCAGAGGCGGCAGAGGCCUCGCUGUUCCGCCGCAUCGCAACCAAGGGCUUCUCUCCCGACCAAUUUGAAACCAAGCAGGUGUUCGUGACCAGCAAGGACGGCACGCAGGUGCCCAUGUUUGUGGUGCACAAGAAGGGGAUCGAGCUGGACGGCACCAACCCCACCCUGCUAUAUGGUUACGGAGGCUUCAACAUCAGUCUGGAGCCCGGCUUCUCCGUCUCCCGCCUGUGCUGGAUGCUGGCCUUCAACGGCGUGUAUGCAGUGGCCAAUCUGCGGGGCGGCGGAGAGUACGGGAUCGAGUGGAGGGCGGCAGGCUCCUGCAGGAACAAGCAGAAUGUGUUUGACGACUUCCAAGCCUGCGCCGAGUACCUGCACACUUCGGGCUACUCCACGCCGCACACCCUGGCCAUCCAGGGCGGCAGCAAUGGCGGCCUGCUUGUGGCGGCGUGCGCCAACCAGCGCCCAGACCUGUUCCAGGUCGUGUUGGCACAAGUGGGCGUGAUGGAUAUGCUUCGCUUCCACAAGUUCACUAUCGGCCAUGCUUGGGUCACGGACUACGGGUCACCCGACAACAAGGAUGACUUCAGCUACAUGCUGCAGUAUUCGCCGCUGCACAACGUGGCGCCCCCUCUUGGCGGUACCAGGCAGUACCCAGCCUUCAUGAUCACGACUGGCGAUCACGACGAUAGAGUAGUGCCGCUUCAUAGCCAUAAGCUGACUGCGACUCUGCAGCACGUUCUGGCAGGAUCCCCCGACUCGCCGCAGCGCAACCCACUGCUGACCCGCAUUGAGGUCAAGGCGGGCCACGGUGCUGGCAAGCCGACAAGCAAGAUCAUCGAGGAGACGUCAGACAUGAUGGCAUUCGCCGCCGCCGCCAUGGGAGCACGUCUAGUGAAACAAAAACCCUGAGCCCCAGGCAUGGUAGACAGGGCUAGCGCGUAUUCACACCAGGAGCUUGCAAACUCAUGCUUGCGCCGUGCUACACGAUCUACAUGGCAUACGCUAGUGUUAGAAUUGAUUCUCACGC